AUGGCUCCGAAGCAGGUGUGCAGCACACUGCUGGCCAGGCAGGGCUCUCACCUGAGCGGCAGGCAGCUGCAGCCAGUGCCACAGGCAGCCUGCUGUGGUACAUUACAUAUGUCCUGCAGCCAAAAAUCCCUUUGGAGGCUGAACUGCUCAGUGAAUUCAACUUUAGCAGAAGCCUGCAAAGCACUGGUUGAAGACAAAGUGCCCUUUAUGAAGGAAAAUGCUUUAGAAACUUCAUCCAGAGAAUCCAGUUGCAUGGAGUACAUCACCCAGAACCACUACAUCACCCGCACCCUCUCAGCUGAAGAGGCUGCCUUCCCCAUUGCCUAUGUUAUGACCCUGCACAAGGAGUUUGAGACCUUUGAGCAGCUCUUCAGGGCAGUGUACAUGCCCCAGAACAUCUACUGCAUCCACGUGGAUGCCAAGGCACCGGCCCACUUCCAUCAGGCAGUGAGGUACCUGUUGGACUGCUUCCCCAACGCCUUCCUCGCCUCCCGGGCAGAGCGGGUGGUCUAUGGUGGCAUCUCCCGCCUGCGGGCUGACCUCCACUGCAUGAGAGACCUGCUGGCCUCAGCCGUGCCCUGGCGCUACCUGCUCAACACCUGUGGCCAGGACUUCCCCUUGAAGACCAACCGGGAGAUUGUCCGGCUGCUGAAGGGCCUUGGGGGCAAGAAUGUCACCCCUGGGGUGCUGCCUCCCCCCCACAUCACCUCCUGCACCAGAUACGUGCACAGAGAGGGGGCCAGACACAAUGCCUUGGGGCAGGUCUUUCCCCUGCUGCACAAGGCACCCCCUCCCCACAACCUGACCAUCUACUUUGGCUCUGUGUAUGUGGCCGUCACCCGUCCCUUCGUGGAGUUCGUGCUGCAGGACCAGCAUGUCAUCGAUCUGCUGGCAUGGUCUGAGGACACCUACAGCCCUGAUGAGCACUUCUGGGUGACGCUCAACAGGAUCCUAGGUGUCCCAGGCUCCAUGCCCAACGCAUCAUGGGAAGGUGACUUGAAAGCAGUGAAGUGGAUUGAUAUGGAAGAGGCACAUGGAGGUUGUCAUGGCCAUUAUGUCAGAGGCAUUUGUGUAUAUGGAACAGGUGACCUCAAGUGGCUUUUUAACUCCACCUGUAUGUUCGCAAAUAAGUUUGAGCUUAAAACAUACCCCCUGACUGUGGAGUGCCUGGAGCUGAGACAUCGGCAGAGAACCUUGUCGCAGAGUGAGGUUCAGGUGGAACCCAGUUGGUAUUUUUAGCUAGCCACACCCCGAGCUACAACAUCAAUAAAAGUGGUCAAGGGAAUAGCUGCAGCAGUCUUUAUUUUUGCUGUGCCAGAAGCAUAAAGUCAAGAGACAGGUUUCAUUAGUAUAUUCUGUAGGUAUAGCCCAGGUCAGCUUAUCUCACACUGUCUGCAAGGCUCACCUUCCACUUAAUGUCCAGAAGCUGAAGUGCAAGAGAUACAAAAAGAGACACCAGAGCAAAGGUCCUCUUGCAGCCAUAGGAGCUUUGACCUUUUGCCAUUUUUAAUGGGCUGUUUUCAGCCCAGAUUUUUGUCUUGCUACACUGUCAUUGCUAUCUUUUUCUAUAAAAAUAUAAACAGAGUCAUGCAUCCCCAGCAUUUUUCCCAUCUAAAAGACAAGUGUGCACAUUUGGUAUGCAAAACGGUAAUCAGUCACAGACAACAAGGUCUUAAAAGCAGGAGCACAACUGCUGGCUAUACAUAUAGAUACCAUUUUGUCAAAUACACUGAUAUUUAUUGCAGAGAACUGUCAGAA